CGAGCUAUACCAAGUCAUCAGUAGUUCCUUCAACAGAACAAUAUCAAAAUGUACUCUCUUGUGAUUGUCGCAGUUGUUGCAUUCUCAGCAAUUGUGAAUUGCGAUGACUUCUAUUCUUCGAAAUUCGAGAAUAUCGAUAUCGAUGCCAUCAUCAAAAAUGAAAGAUUACUCCAGAAUCAUUUCAAUUGCCUUUUGGAAGGAAAGGGUUGCACUCCAGAUGAUGAAGAAUUGAAAAACCAUAUCCCAGAAAUCAUGGAAACUUGCUGUGGCAAAUGCACAGACAAACAUAAGGAAGGAGCCAAGAAGAUGACCCAAUACCUAAUUGAUAACAAACCAGAGUACAUCAAGCAAAUGUUGGACAAAUAUGACCCUGACAGAAAAUAUGCCAAAAAAUGUGCUGAGAAUCUCCAAUCUGGCGGAAUUGACCUCAGCGCCUGUGUUGUCGGUGGUGAUGUGUACGAUACUUCCAAAUUUGGCAACAUUGAUAUCGAUGCUAUUUUGAAAAAUGAUCGACUUCUUGAAAACCACUUCAACUGCCUAAUUGAAGGAAAAGGAUGUACUCCAGAAGGAGAUGAGCUCAGAAAACACAUACCUGAAAUCAUGGAUACUUGCUGUGCCAAGUGCUCUGACAAACAAAAAGAAGAGGGCAAGAAAGUGACCAUGUUCCUCAUCCAAAAUAAGCCAGAAAUCAUUAAGAAACUCUUGGACAAAUACGAUUCUGAGAGAAAAUAUCAAGAGAAAUGCGCUGAUCAUUUGGCUUCUCAAGGAAUAGAUCUCAGUGGAUUUUGAUGAAUGUUGAGAUUGUAAACAAUGGACAUAUUUAUAUAGAUAUUUUGACAGCAAUAAAACCAUAGCUCUUA